AUGCCAACUGUAGGUAUUAAGAAAACCAUUCUCGAUAAGCAUCUAGGCAAAUGUUAUACUGAGAGAGAAUUCGAUGAGCUCUGUUUCGAAUAUGGCCUGGAGCUGGAUGAAAUUACUUCUGAGAAGGCCGCCGUUGAAAAAGAACGAGGGCAGGGAGCGGCCGGAGAUGAACUCUCGGAAUCCGAAGUCUAUAAAAUCGAUAUCCCAGCUAACAGAUAUGAUCUUCUCUGCGUAGAAGGACUAGCAAGAGCUCUACGGAUAUUUAAGAAUGAAUUGAAGCGACCGAAUUAUAUCCUGAAACGACCAGAAGGACUUCUUCAGCAAAUAAUUGUCUCUAAAGAGACUGCUGCAGUUCGUCCUUUUGUCGUUGGUGCUAUUCUUCGAGAUAUUGCGUUCGAUGCUGACAGUUAUACAUCUUUCAUCGAUCUACAGGAUAAGUUGCAUCAAAAUAUUUGCCGAAAGCGAACGCUCGUUGCCAUCGGCACUCAUGAUUUGGAUACCGUAUCGGGUCCUUUCAAGUAUACCGCUGAUUUGCCCGAGGAAAUUAGAUUUGCUCCUCUUAACCAGACAAAACAGUUCAGUGCUAAGGAGUUGAUGGAUUUUUAUUCGGCGGACAGUCAUCUGAAAGCUUAUCUACCUAUUAUUCGUGACAAAGAACGCUAUCCAGUUAUUUACGAUUCGAACGGUGUUGUGUGCUCCAUGCCUCCUAUAAUUAACGGCGAACAUUCUAAAAUUACUUUGAACACUAAGAAUGUAUUUAUCGAAGCAACUGCAACAGACUUGCAAAAGGCAAUUGUGGUUUUGGACACAGUUGUAACUAUGUUCAGUCAGUACUGCCAGAAGCCCUUUACCAUUGAGCCUGUUGAAGUGGUGUAUGAGCAGGAUGCUCGGAAAGAAGUGUAUCCGAUACUGUCAUCUCGGGAAAUUGUGGUUCGAGUCUCUGAAAUCAAUACUAAAAUCGGCUUUCAACUCGAUGCACAGACAAUGGCUGUAUUACUCACCCGAAUGUCUCUAAAAGCAGACGUUAUCAAUGAAAAUACACUUAAGGUAACAAUCCCUCCUACUCGGCACGACAUACUCCAUGAAUGUGAUGUGGCUGAGGACGUUGGAGUUGCUUAUGGUUUUAACAAAUUAGUGCACCGGCUUCCUGAGUCAAAUACGGUGGCCGAAGCAUUCCCCUUGAACAAACUGUCGGAUUUGCUCAGAGGUGAAGUGGCUGCUGCUGGAUGGACCGAGGCUUUAAAUUUUGCUCUCUGUUCACGAGAAGACAUUUCUACGCGUUUAAGAGACGACACUGCUCUUAAUCACGCGGUGCAUAUUUCGAAUCCGAAGACUCAAGAAUUUCAGGUGGCACGAUCAUCACUUCUGCCAGGGCUAUUGAAGACGCUUUCUUCAAACCGAGAUAUGCCGCUUCCUCUCAAACUUUUCGAAUUACAAGAUAUUGUACUAAAGGAUCCUACGUCUGAGGUUGGAGCUCGCAAUGAACGCCGACUCGGUGCCGUUUACUACAACAAAACCGGAGGUUUUGAAAUUAUUCAUGGAUUCCUAGACAGAGUAAUGCGGUUGCUGGACGUUAGUCCUGCGAAAGAUGGAUCCGGUUACUACAUCCAAGCAAGCGAUAAUCCCACAUUCUUCCCAGGACGAUGCGCUUCCAUCAUCGGUCCUAACGAUGUGACUCUGGGUGUCUUAGGUGUCCUUCACCCUGAAGUGAUCACAGCCUUUGGCUUAACUUUACCAUGUUGCGCUAUCGAGCUGAACAUCGAGCACUUCCUGUAG